GAGCUGAAGAGGUUACAAUUUGCCAAAAGACAUUGACUGGCCUAAAGAGAAUGACGCAAACAUUUUGUGAACUGAUGAAAGUAAGAUUGUUCUUUUUGGGUCUAGUGGCUAGAGACGUUUGUCAGAGACCCACAAACACUGAAAUUAACGGCCACAACGUACUCUGUGAAGACAGUGAUAAGCAUGGUUGCGCAAAGCAUCUUGAUAUGGGGAUGUUUCUCAUACUUACGGUGUUGGGCCUAUUUAUCGCUUUAUACCAGGGAUCAUGGAUACAGUUUGAAAUACAUCAGAAUACUUGAAUGAGGUCAUGCGCCUUACACUGCUAUUAUUUUGA